ACUAUAUAAGAGGGACUAGGUACAUGCAAGCCUUUGUUGAGUGUCAGUUUUCGGCAAGAAAGUGUUCAGCCAUGCGAGGAGCUGUUCUGGUGGUGCUGGCAGUGGUGGGGGCAGUGGUGGUGUCAGCUAGUAAACCCAACAUCCGCCCCAUCACCAUUGAAGAGUUGUUAAACGACCAUCCAGACCUCAAGGCUUCACUGGCUGCCAAGCUCAGUGCUUCCAAGGGAGAGCAAGGCUCCGGACCUUCAGCUGUCUCCACCACUACUACCACCACCACCACAACCACCACCACCCCACCACCACAGGCAGACUCUCCUACAGCCCCCACAGCAUCCACAACUCCCACAGGCAGGAAGAGGAUAAGGGGAAGGGGGCGAGGUAGGCAGCAGGGUGGCCGGCGACGCAGGCCGGUGGCAGAGACAUCCACACACUUUGCAGAAGAGGAGGCCAGCCACAGACUACGUGUGGUGCCCAGCCAAGGUGUGCAAAAUGCACGAAGAUUUCCCACAGGAAAAUGAGAUUACUAAACCACCACCAUCACCACACACUGGCCAGAGAUGACAAACCAAGAUAUGCUUUAUCACAGAAAAACCUUACAAGCCACAGGGCAUCCCUGACUAAUUUUGUUGACACAAAUUCUACCUACAUACUUUUUUAGAAUACUGUAUUUGUAUACCUAUAUAUGAAUUUGCAGUCUUCAAAUAUUAUUUAAAGAUGUUGAUAAAUACUACACAACAUCUAUGAGGAUAGUUAAGUAUUCCAAGCUUCAAGCUCAGCCCAUCAAGCUUGUUGGGUGACCACUGAAUCAUUCAUUUUGGGUGCCAAUGCAAAAUUAUCCUGACAUAUCUUCUAAACCACACAAUGUGGCUCCCUUGUCUACUCUCAUCCACCAAAGUUAUUUGUCACAAAAUCACGAAUCUUUGUUAUGUAUGUACAAACUCAGGCCAGACACCUGGCUCUCACUACCUUCAUUGAACAUGUAAAUAUCAACAGAUCAAAAAUGAAAGUGCUACUUUUAACCAUA